AUGUACACCAGCAGCACUGGAGAUGCUGCAGCAGCAGCAGCUGCUGCUGCAGCAGAAGCUGCAGCAGAAAAAAAACAGAAAAAAAAUGAUGAUAAACAGGCAGAGACACAGGAAGAUACAAGUGCUGGCAGCAGCAACAGCAGCAACAGCAGCAGCAGCGAGGAAGAGUCAGCAGCAGAAGAAGAAAUAGAGACAAAAGAAAAAGAAAAAGAAAAACAAAAACAAAAAGAAAAACAAAAACAAAAAGAAAAAGAAAAAGAAGAGACAGAAGAAGAGGAGACAGAAGAAGAAGAGACAGAAGAAGAAAAAGAAAAAGAAAAGGAGACAAAGAAAACAAAAGCAAGCACAAAGAACAUGCAGCAGAAGAAGAAAAAAACAGCAGCAGCAGCAGCAGCAACAGCAGCAGCAGCAGCAGCAGAUAGCGAUGAUGGAGAGGCGAGCGAUGAAGGAGACACAGAAGAAGAGACAGAAGAAGAGGAAGAGACAGAAGAAGAAGAAGAAGAGACAAAAGAAAAAAAAGAAAAAGAAAAGACAAAAGAAAAAAAACAAAAAGAAAAAGAAAAAGAAGAGACAGAAGAAGAAGAAGAGACAGAUGAAGAAGAAGAGACAGAAGAAGAAGAAGAAGAGACAGAAGAGACAGAAGAGGAGACAGAGGGAGAAGAAGAGGAGACAGAAGAACCAAAUGAUAGUAAUAACACAGAGGAAGCUGCUGCUGCUGCUGCAGCAAUAGAGAACUGCGGCGUGCCGGAGCAUCCCGUGCAGCGGCUCUUUGAGGGUCUCGUCUUCUUCCUCUGCAGGGAGACACCACUGGUCCCCCUUUGCUUCGCCAUCCGCAGCUGCGGGGGCGUCGUCGGCUGGCAGGCUGAGGGCUCUCCCCUGGAUAUAAAAGACAAACAAAUUACACACCAAGUCGUUGAUAGACCCCUAGAAAGCGUGCAGCAGAUGUGUGGCGAGGGUCUGCAUGCGCGGGAGUACGACGACGAGGCUGAAGGCUAUGUACCCCACCGGCGAGAGGUCCUCUUGAAGCUGCAGAAGCAGCAGAAGGCAGAGACAGCAGCAAAAGAAGAAGAAGGAGAAUCAGAUAGCGAUGGUGAGGCAACAGCAGCAGCAGCAGCAGCAGCAGCAGCAGCAGCGACAGCAGCACCAGCAGUACCUGCAACAGUAGCAGCAACAGUAGUAGUAGUAGCAGCAGCAGCAGCAGCAGCAGCAGCAGCAGCAGCAGCAGCAGCAGAAUUUUUGUUUACUCUGCAUGCGCGGGAGUACGUGCAGCCGCAGUGGGUGUUUGACUGCAUCAACAACGCUCUGCUGCUGCCGACGGAAGAAUACGAACCAGGAAAAACUCUGCCCCCGCAUCUCUCUCCUUUCGUGGUCAGCAGCAGCAGCAGCAGCAGCAGCAGCAGCAGCAGCAGCAGCAGCAACAGCAGCAGCAGCAGCAGCAGUAGCAGCAGCAGUAGCUGGUGUAGUUGGAGACCAAAACGGAGCUCUUCUUUAUACCUUAUGGACUGUGUUUAA